AGUGCCACACAUCAACUCUGUAUGUAGCCUGCUGACACAGCAGAUGCCUAUAAAUCCAAUAAUUCCUAAUAGAAAUGACAUUUUGGAAAGGAAAUCUUGUUCUACACUAGUUUAUCAGACCAGAGUAAUCGCACAGAUGAACUACUUUGAGCACCAACUAUCAAGGCGUUGAAGUUGAGCACAGAGCACUCUACUUAACAACAUGGCGGACAAGGACCCUCUCAAGCAGUUGAAGGACCUUAACCAGCUCAAGAGUCAACUAGAGGAGAUCCAUCGACGAGUGGAGAGCGAGGUGGCUGCAGGAAUCCCACAGGGCAGCAGUGUGCUGGGCUCUCCCUUCCUGAAAGGUUUCCUGGCGGGCUACGUGGUGGCUAAACUCCGCUCCUCCGCCAUCUUGGGAGUGUUACUUGGAACAAUCACCGGCAUUUACGCUGCUCAGAACUAUCAGGUUCCCAAUAUCGAACGCACCAUCAAAGACUACUUUGACAUCAUGAAGAAAGGAUCAAAGUAG